AUGCCGCCACCGAUCCGGGGCUUUGGCGCCGGUCCUGGUGUUGGUGGGCCUUUCCACCAACCCGGCUUUCCUUCUCAUGGGCAACCUCAAGGCGGGCCGAUGGGUGGUAACCAAUAUCUAAAUGCCAACACUCAGAUAAGCUCCUUUGCUGGAGCUAACGGCAACGCCUUUGCCGGUCUUAACGGCUCAGGAUUUGCUGACUCCGGUUUCGGCAGCCAAAGCGCUAGAAUGGGCUUUGCGCAUGGUCCCGCCGCUGGAUUGCAGCAACCCCAACACGGAGGACAGGUGCAGCACAGUGUGUUGAUGGAGCACCCGACAAUGAGAGCCCAAACGAAUAAGGGGAGAAUACGAGAGGUGUGGAAACAUAACCUAGAGGAAGAAAUGGGGGUAUUGAGAGACAUUGUGGACAAGUAUCCAUAUAUUGCCAUGGAUACCGAAUUCCCCGGAGUUGUUGCUAGACCUAUGGGGUCAUUCAGGGGCAAAAGUGAUUAUCACUAUCAAUGUCUACGGACGAACGUCGAUAUGCUCAAGGUUAUCCAAAUCGGCCUGACUCUGUUCAACGAGGAAGGCGAGACACCACCAGCAAGACCCGGACCGGAUUUGGGAUUGGGACCCAAAGCAAUGAAGGCUGCCAGCCAGGGACCUUUCCCGUACUCGUGGCAAUUCAAUUUCAAAUUCUCUCUCCAAGACGACAUGUACAAUGAAAAGUCUAUCGAGUCGCUGCAACAGGCAGGCAUUGAUUUUAACCUUCUUGAACGAGAUGGCAUUGAUCCCAAGGCCUUUGCGGCACUUCUCAUUCCGUCGGGACUAGUAUGUUUUGACGACGCCAGAUGGAUCUCCUUCCACGGAGGCUACGAUUUCGGCUACCUAACAAAGUUGCUGAUUUGUACGCCGCUGCCCAACGACGAGGCGCAGUUCGACAGCAAGAUGAAGCUGUAUUUUCCCACGACAUACGAUGUCAAACAUCUCAUGAAAUACGCCAUACGGCUGCACACUCAGGGAUUCCUCACUCCCAAUGACCCGGCUGUAGUUGAGAUCUUGAACAAAUUCGAACACAAGUCGGGCCUGGAAAACAUUGCCGAGACGUUCAAGGUCAAGCGGAUCGGGUCAGCGCAUCAAGCUGGGUCAGACUCUCUUCUUACUGGCAAAGUGUUCUUCCAGAUGCGGGAUAGAAUCUUCAACGGAGCGAUACCUGAGGACCACAUUGGUAGAGUCUGGGGUCUGGGGGUUCCCGAAGGUCCAAUGGGCCCUAUGAUGCAGCAUGCCGGCAACGACCUCGGCCAGAACGGCGGCACCCCAAGCACGCCCAACCAAGUGCCUGCUAGCCUCAUCAGCAGUCCUGCGGCUGCACAGAAUCACAACUCCAACGGGGUUAUGUCGCACAUGGGCCCUAUGACUCCCGGGGGAGGUGGCGGCGUCUUUGGGAAUUUUGCCUUUGCCGGCAACAGCAGAUAG